GGGACAACCAGGAACUCGGCUCAGUCUCCACCCCGAAGUGGGGCGGGUCCGCGCAGGAUAAGACCCGCUGUCCGGCCGCGGCUUGGGUGUGACCUCCGCGGCGGCCGGGGACGAGCGCAGCCCCGCCUCAGCCCGAGCGAGGAACUUCUGCUUGAGCAAUUGAACUCUGAUCCUGACAUAGAGUCAUGGCCAUGGCAACCAAAGGAGGCACCAUCAAAGCUGCAUCAGGAUUCAGUGCCAGUGAAGAUGCACAGACCCUGAGGAAGGCCAUGAAAGGGCUUGGCACUGAUGAAGAUGCCAUUAUCAGCGUCCUCGCCUACCGCAACACGGCCCAGCGCCAGGAGAUCAGGACGGCCUACAAGACCACCAUCGGCAGGGACCUGAUAGACGACUUGAAGUCGGAAUUGAGCGGCAACUUUGAGCGGGUGAUCAUAGGGAUGAUGAUGCCUACGGUGCUGUACGAUGUGCAGGAGCUGCAAAGGGCCAUGAAGGGAGCUGGCACAGAUGAGGGCUGCCUGAUUGAGAUCCUGGCCUCCCGGACGUCUGAGGAGAUCCGGCGUAUAAACCAGACCUACCAGCUUCAAUAUGGGCGGAGCCUUGAAGAUGACAUUUGCUCCGACACGUCAUUCAUGUUCCAGCGAGUGCUGGUGUCUCUGUCCGCAGGUGGCAGGGAUGAAGGAAAUUUUCUGGAUGAUGCUCUCGUGAGACAGGAUGCCCAGGACCUGUAUGAGGCUGGAGAGAAGAAAUGGGGAACAGAUGAGGUGAAAUUCCUAACUGUUCUCUGUUCCCGAAACCGAAACCAUCUGUUGCAUGUAUUUGAUGAAUACAAAAGGCUAUCACAGAAGGAUAUUGAACAGAGUAUUAAAUCUGAAACAUCUGGUAGCUUUGAAGAUGCUCUGCUGGCUAUAGUGAAGUGCAUGAGGAACAAAUCUGCAUAUUUUGCUGAAAGACUUUAUAAGUCUAUGAAGGGCUUGGGCACCAAUGAUGACACCCUCAUCAGAGUGAUGGUUUCUCGAGCAGAGAUUGAUAUGUUGGACAUCCGGGACAACUUCAAGAGGCUCUAUGGGCAGUCUCUAUACUCCUUCAUCAAGGGUGACACAUCUGGAGACUACAGGAAGGUACUGCUCAUUCUCUGUGGAGGAGAUGAUUAAAAUAAAAUCCAGGAAAGAUAAGAGGAUUCCCAACACUUUCCAUUUUUUUAACUUCAUUUUUCUACACUGCUAUUAGCAUUAUCUCAGAAUGCUUAUUUCCAAUUAAACGCCUACAGAUGCCUCCUACGAUACAGACUGUAUUAUUAUUAUUCAUCUAUACUUAUUACCAUGCUUUAAAACUGUACUUGCAUUUCAAAGCUUAUAAAACUUACAAGGAGAUUUAAAAUUAGAAAUAAAAAUGUACUCCAUGUUUUUAACAGCUUUCUCGUUUGCAUUUCACAGAAAUUGGAAUAUAUUAAAUUAUUCCGUGUUUCCCUUUUGGUGAAAAACUAUUAAAGUGGAAGUCUGAAAGACUGCUCUAAAAUCACUUUUCUUCCCUAACUCUGUUUUCAAGCAACUUCUUGGUUUGAAAUUAUGGGCAUCUAGUUAGUAAGACUACCAGUCCAAUUUGCUAUUUUACAGAGUUUGAAAGCAUCCACUAACCUCCUUUGUUUAGAUUUUAUCUACAGCAUUAGUUGAUCUUAAUUAAAUUUGGCAUGGGAGAUUUCCUUCAUCACAUCUUAUGUUAAGAUCACUUAUUCUGUCCUGGUUGAAGUACACUAAAAUCACAAACUUGUCUGAACAAAUUAAAUUCUAAGUGUGGUUAUAGAGAUCAUACAUGUGUCUGGUUACCAAACAUAAAUGUUGAACAUUCCACAAUAUUAUGGUUAGUAUCUUAAUCCAGCUUGAAGAUGGGGAAAAAUUAGUGUCAAACUAAGUAUUCUGCUGAUGGUGUAAUGCUUUGAAUUUACUUAAAGGAAAUUUUUUUGUACUAAAAAUAAUUUUUAAAAUAUUUUUCAAUUUUGUUGAUUUGCAGUAAUUUAUGUUCACCUAUGCCUUUCAACUCUAGGAUUACUCUGAAGUUGUACUUGGAUUUAAUUCAGAAAUUCAGUUUGUGUACAACAUGGAAAAAUAAUUUUAAUAAAACAUGGUGUCUUUAAAAUGA